CACACGCGUGCCGAACCUGGUCGGCCCGUACAAGUACACUCAUUUCAGCUCACUUUCGAAACUUCUCUCCCACAAGCAAACAUGCCUCCAGCUCUCUCUAAUGCCAUGACUGUAAAGCGCAUCCACAGGGAGGUCGCAGAUGCCAAGAAAGAGGACCUAGGCUCCAUCACCCUCGCACCCUCCACCGACAACCUCUUUCGCUGGGCAGGUACCAUCCCUGGACCCCAAGGGAGCCCAUAUGAAGGCGGCGUAUUCAACAUUAAUAUUCAGCUGGCAAACGACUAUCCUUUCUCGGCACCAAAGGUUACCUUUGUAACCCGGAUAUACCACAUGAAUAUAUCGGACAAGGGCAACAUAUGCAUUGAUAUUCUCAAACAGAACUGGUCACCUGCGUUGUCACUCUUCAAGGUCAUGCUCUCCCUCUCAUCCCUUCUUACCGACCCUAAUCCGCAAGAUCCUCUCGUCCCCUCGAUCGCAACUGAAUAUAUCCGGAAUCGGGUACAGCACGACCGCACAGCCCGGAGGUGGACAGAGCUGUAUGCCCGAUCACCCGCAUCUAUGCCUGCACCGACUCUACCCAUUGCAUCCACGUCCACGUUCUCCGUCCGUGUCCCCGCAUCCACAUCUACAUCCACGCCCACAACCUCAACAUCUGUAACUCAAACUUCUAAGGGUAAAUCUCGUGCCUCAACCAAUCAACCUGCGCGUGGCUCGGGCUCGUCGAAUGUUCUUGCCGAGACAAUUGAUAUUUCUGACUCCGAUGACGAGUUGUCGCGACUACCGCCCACGCGCAAACGUCCACGCGACCUUUCCAAUGAAGUGGAUAUCGAUCUUGUGGAGGUAGAGCAGCGUGUAACCAGACGCCGGCGCGCAGGUGGCGGUGGGAGUGUGGUUCCGAGUGUCUCUAGAGGCUCCGGAGGAAGUGGGAGUAUCGUAAGAGCUGGGGAAGUGAUUAUCAUUGAUGAUUAGUACGGUGUAUGAGGGCUCUUUGAAUCACACAAUCGGAACACCGCCUAUCACAACUAUAUGAAUCCACUUCAAAAUAAUUUUACCACAUAAAAGGACAUCAGUAAUAACAUUCCCUAGACCUUUUUAAGGGUACAGGUUUGGUUUCA